AGUUUCUUGAAAACUUAAUUUACAAAAAUUGUGGAGGAAAAUGUAAAUAGCAUAAAUUAUUGGGGAGUUCCUAGAGAGAAGCCAACCUUUUACUCAAAAUCAGCUGCCACUGGAUUCCCGCCAAGCCGCGCACAGCUGUAUGCAACCACCAACGACCUGAAGCUCCUCCAUCUUCGUCUCUCUCUCUCUCUUCACUCUUCAACACUUCAAGAACUCUCUCUCUCCCUCUCUCUCUCGUCUGGGAGAUAUUUCUAUCCUUUACCCAUCAAAGAAAAUCCACUUGGUCUAGAUCAAGAAAUCAUCUUUAAACCAAUACUCUCCUCCAAAUCAACCCUCUCCAUUUCAAGAACUCGCAUUUUCUUUAAAUCGAGUUCCAAUGGAAGAAACCCCGAAACUCCAAACCCAGAUAGAAAUCAGGCCCAUUCAAACCCCACAGCCACGAAUGUCGGCCGAACUCACCGCGGAGGAGCUGCUCAAAGAACAGAGAAUCCCGUUCCCAUUCUUCAGGCCGUUGUCCCAGAGAAAGGAGAACACUUGGCUCAUCUCCGUAUUUUUUAUCCUCCAUUUGAUAGCUUUUGCCGCCACGAUGAUCGUCAAUGAUUGCUGGGAAAAUUCUCAUGCGCAGUGUGCGCUCAAACAACUCGGAAGGUUCUCGUUCCAGCCGCUGUCGGAGAAUCCCCUGCUCGGCCCCUCGGCUUCUGCGCUUGAUGCAGUGGGCGCUCUUCGUCUAAGAUAUUUGGUAAAAGAUCAUCAAUUUUGGCGUCUUUUCACAAGCCCAUGCUUGCAUGCGGGGGUUUUCCAUUUUAUUGUCAAUCUCGCUAGUGUAGUCUUUGUCGGAGUUCACAUGGAGCAAGAGUUUGGACCAUUAAGAGUCGGAGUUAUCUACAUACUCUCAGCUCUUUGUGGUAGUUUGGUGGCUACUCUCUUUCUCCAAGAUAGGCCAUCAGUUGCUUGCUCUGGUGCACUAUUUGGAUUACUUGGGGCCACGCUAUCCGGGCUUAUCUGGAACUGGAAAAUAUACUCGAAGAAGUUUGCAACUCUUAUGGCCCUUCUCAUCAUCUCGAUGGUAAAUGGCAUCCUCGGACUGAUGCCAUAUGUCAGCAAUUUUUCGAAUAUUGGGGGAUUUAUUUCUGGUUUCCUUGCUGGUUUUAUUAUCCUAUUCAGGCCUCAUGUUGGGCAAGGGUAUCAAGCAAAAACUGGUCUGUUUGAUUUCAAUAUCAAGCAUUCUGUCAAACUCAAGCAAAAAUUGGACAAACCAGUCUUAAGGAGUGUCUCUCUUGUUAUCUUCACUCUUCUAUUUGCAGGAGCUGCAGUGGCAGCUCUUCAAGGAAUAAACCUGAACAGAUAUUGUAGCUGGUGCCAGUAUAUUGAUUGUGUCCCCUUAAAGUGGUGGAGCUGCAGUAAUAAAGCUAUGAGUUGUGAGACAAUGAUCAGCUCGCAGCAGUUGACGUUAACUUGCUCUGAUAAUGGCAACUUCAAAGUGUGGCCCUUCACCAACAUCUCACAAGCAAGGCUUGAGGACCUCUGCAAUGUCAUAUGCUCCUAAGAAGAUUGUGAUCCGUACACACACACAUACAAACACAUGUAAAGCUAUAGAGAAAGACAGAUGUUAUUCUUUUCUCUGAUCAUUGAAGCACUGGAAUGUUUAGUCCAUCUCUGUGCAUUGUAGCAAAGAACUUCAAGAGAUGGUAACAAGUGUUAGAAAUUUGAGUGCAUAAGAUGUCAUAAAAUGUACAUGAUCUAACAGUCUGUUCUGUUCAAGAUUAGCACAUCUUCUUGCAGGAGAAAGAAAUGAAAGAAAAAAGGAAGAAUUGACUGCAAAAGAAAAGGCUUUGGACCAAAAUACUCUCGUAAUCUUCAGAAUUAUCUUUCAGGGAACAGCAAUCAUCAACAGAAAUCCAUACUAUAUCUGAAUCUUCUUUCUGGCGACUAUU